AUUUUUAGGUUACAAACAACGACCAAAAAGAGGACAAUAAGGCAGUUGUUUCUCAUAGUUUCUUCCGUAGCUUAAAGUUCAAAAUAUGCUUACUGGAAUAUAAAGUUUCAAGCGCAAUAUAUUAUUUUUUGACACGGAUUUCUACGCUGCCAAACAAAAUUCCUGUGUCAAUUUACGACAUACAGCAAUGAACUAGAUAUAUAUACAUGCGAGAUAGAACAAAGAAAAUAUUUAGUAAUCUUGCUGCGCAAUUAAACGUUGCAAGUGAUUAUUUGUACUAUGAACUACCCGAUCCAUUUGAAGAUUCAGGCUCUGAAUUUUUUCCAUCAGAAGAAGAUGACAGUAAUACCGCUAAUAGGGAAAUACAAUCUAAGCAAAAACCGACGUCAGGUGCAAGGUGCAGACUUCAGAAAAUCAUCUCGCCAAUAUUGGAAUUGGAAUCUGAAAAUCAUUACGCGGAUGUUGCCGUUACUAAUGAUAAUUUGCCGGUAAUGAACAAGAGAUUGAGGAAGAAGCGGCCCUUGAAAAUGUGCUGGAAACGUAACUAAAUGAAGCAGAAACAAAAUAGUGGCAACCGGUGGAUACCGGUUCCAGAAAAAUUUCCCUGUACCCUUGCAGGGAAAUUUGUCAUUUAAAAUGCAGUGAAAAGUAAUCUUACCAUUUUGGAGUUUUGGAGCCAUUUUCCGUCAAGCAGCAAUCUGGUGUUCAAAAACAGCUUCAAAAAUCAUUUAGGUAAUUUUUGAACAGCAGAAGGUAAAUGCCGACAAGUGUGUAAGGAAGCCGUAAUGUCAUUGUCAAGCGUUGGGCGUAAGAAACUCGAUUCAAUCAGAAACCAAAUAUCUGCUGGGAGAACAGCUUCGGAACCCGAUAAAAGGGGUCGCCAUCACAAACUUCUGAAGAACAGCGACAUUCUGUGUCCGAACACAUUAAAUCUUUUCCCUCCGAGAUGUCCCAUUAUUCAAGACAUAAAAAUCCAAAUCGAAUGUGUCUUUCAUCCUGGUUAUCCAUUAGAAACAUGUAUGAGUUAUACAAAGAACAGUUAGCAGCCCAAAACGUUGUUCCUGUUUCUUUUGCCACAUACAGAAAAAUUUUAAAAAUUGAUUUUAAUUCUGGCUUUGGUUCUCCCCAAAAACGAUACUUGUAAAAUAUGUGAUGUGGAAGGGAAUGCAGAGCAUGUUGCCAAAUUUGAAAAAGCUUUUGAAUAACUAAAAUUGGAUCGGCAAAUUGCAAUGAGUAGCGAUAAAAUCCAUUAUGUUACAUUUGAUUUACAGAAAACACUUCCUUUGCCAAAAAUUUCUACUGGUAAAGCUUUUUACUUACGGCAUUUAUGGCUCUAUAAUCUAGGAGUUCAUUCAGUUUUAACACAGCAAAAGAACGGUAAAGGGUAUUUUCAAUUUGAACCGAAGAUGAAGGAUCUCGAGGACCUGAGGAAAUAGGUAGUUCAACAUUAGCAUUUCUCGAAAAUAUUAAAGAAGGAAAUAGAAGUUUUGAUCACCUAAUAGCAUGGAGUGACUCUUAUGGCAUUAUUUGAUAAAAUCUGGCAGAUUUAAGAAAAUUGAUCACAAGUUUCCUGAAGGGAUACUUUUAUGGAUUCUGACAGAGAUUUUGCUACUGUAGAAAAGGCGAUUAGGAAACAUCAAAAUAUUUACUCUGUUGAUCAAUACCUGUUAAUCAUGACUGAAGCACGGAGAACGACGCCCUUUAACAUAAGAAGGAUGGCCGAUAAGUUUACUGAUAUUAAGCAAUUGCCAC